AAACCAGUUUCCUCCAUUAAAACCACGACGUGCCUUUACUAAUUCCUCCAUGGAUCCACAACUCUUCAAGGCCGCCACAAAUGGCGACUUGGGUCAUCUCCAGAAUCUAACACCACUUCAGAAAUCACUCCUUCCAUUUCAAUUUUCCCCAAAUCACAACACUCCCCUCCACGUCGCCACCGAAUUCCGCCAGCUGGACUUCGUCAAAGCCGUCGUACGCGACUACGAAACGCUUCUAUGGCUGCAGAACGGCGCCGGCGACACCGCGCUGCACGUCGCAGCCAGGGAAGCUCUGGGUGAAUUUGUCGAAUUUUUCAUCGGAGUUUCACCGAGGCUCCUCCGGAUGGUGAAUUUCGAAGGCGAUACGGCUUUGCAUUGCGCUGCGAGAAUUGGGAGUUUGAUAUGUGUGGAGAAGAUGGUGGAAGCGGACCCGGAGCUGUGCGGCAUCGUUAAUAAUAACGGUGAAUCUGCACUAUACUUGGCGGUGGCUGCCGCAUAUUGGGAAGUUCCUGAGGUUAUCAUUCGUGAGGCGAAAUUGUUGGCUUCGUAUAAAGGAGCUAAGGGUUUAACUGCAUUGCAUCCAACUCUUUUCUUUCCCAAUUAUGAGUUUAAAAUAAUCGAAUUACUUGUGGAGUGGAGGAAAGAAAUGAUAAAAGAACAAGAUUGUUUAGGAUUGACUCCUCUCCAUUAUGCUUCACUCUAUGGAAGAACAAAAGCAAUAAAUCUAUUCCUUCAAAACGAAAGCUCUUCCAUUUACAUUUUAGACAACAAUGGAGAAUCUGCUCUACACAUUGCUGCAUUUGAAGGCCAUAAGGAUGCAGUGGAAGAGAUUUUAAAUUGUUGUCAAGAUUCUUGCUAUCUUGUUGAUAACAAAGGUCGAACAGCUCUUCAUGCUGCAGUUUUGGGUGAUCAAAGAAAAGUUGUUAGGUUGAUAUUAGGAAGGGCAAUGCAAGGAAGGGUAAUGAAUAAAGCUGAUGGUGAUGGAAAUAUGGCAUUGCAUCUUGCAGCAUUUCACGAGUUUUAUGAUAUCAUUGAAAUACUUGCUACUGAUGUAAAUGUGGACUUGAAUGCUAAGAAUAAGGAGUUCUUGACAGCAUUAGAUUUCUUCAAUAAACAUGACCAGGAAGGAUUAAGAGCAGCAAUAAUCCGAAACCUUCUUGAGGGUCGAACUGGACCAAUGACAAUGCAACACUUGGCUGAGGAAAAGAUAAAAAAGAUGAACCAAGAAAUUAAAAUAAUGGAUGAUCAUGAUAAUUCAAAUGAAGUGGGCAAAACAGAUGGAAAAAUGAAGAAAGGGAGUUCAUAUAAUACAGAAAAGCAAAAGGCAUUAGAAGUGAAUCUAUUGGUAGCAACUUUAGUAGCCACAGUUACAUUUGCAGCAGGAUUCACAAUGCCUGGUGGAUACUUUGAAAACAUUGGACUAUCGAUUCUUAGUGACAAAGGAGGUUUUAGAGUGUUUGUAAUUUUCAACACAAUAGCAUUUUGUUGCUCAGUUUUUGCAGUGCUUCUUCAUUUCCACACUUCAAUUACAGACCAUUAUCAAAGAGUAAGGUAUAUGGGCAUUGCUGGAAGUUUCACUAGUAUUGCUAUUGUUGCAAUGGUCAUAGCAUUUGCUUCAGGAACCCAUGUUGUGAUAGCAAAUUCAAAAGCAUUUUCCCUAUCUCCUUUUUUGAUUUGUGGGGGAUUUUCUUUUCUUUACUUUGCUAUUCCUUUUUGUGAUCCCGGUGUUGAGGGAUAUUCAUUUCUUCAUACACCUCAAAGGUUCAUAAGACGCAAGAUAGUUCGAUAUAUAAGAUAUGAAGAAUACUGAUAUUAUUGCAAUGAAAUAAAAUUACUAUGAUUAUGAUUUUAUUAUUUUAAAA